AUGGACGCGGAUUACUCACUGGGACUCAUUGCUUUUACUAUGAAAUAUACUCGAGACUUUCAAGAAGCAACUGAAAAGGAGAUCGGGAAUGCAUACGAAGCGUAUAAAGUCUUCUACGCUAAACACCAUCAGGACCACCCUGGAACAACGACGGACUGUUAUGCCGAAUACCUUCAAACCCUCGGCAAGCAAGAUGCUGGACAUCAUUCAAAAAAAGCCCGUAUCGAUAUGAUUAGCAAGGAUGAUUUACUCCGGGCGCUCAAGGCGUUCAAAGAUACGGAGGAUUGCCAACAUAAUUCUUUCCGAGAGGAGGAAGAACUGAGAGAUGAAAACUUGAUUGCCGCUCGGGAACCUCUUGCAGUUAUUGGUAAUCAGCUGCCCUUCACAGGCCGGGAGGAUGAACUUGAAGAGCUCCGUAAAUGUAUCGAUAAGAACAUUGAGUUAUGGAGAAUGCGCAAUGUGAAUCUAACAAAUUUUAGCAUAAGGACAGAAGAGCAAUUUAAGCAUUCAUACAGACACCCAGUAGUAGCAGGAGGUCCUGGACGGGGCAAGACAGCUCUGAUGACGCGCGGCUUGAUGUUAGUACGCAGUCGAUUGCAGGAGCCGCACAUUUGGACAAACCGUGCGUUCGCCUGGGACCUCCAGAGUAGCCAGCUGCAGGCGCAAGAGCUUGAACUACUGGGGGACGCUACGUUAGCGAACGUCUCAGGUGGUCAGAGUGUUUUAGCGUCAAGAAUUUUGCACCAAGCAGUCAACGGCAAUCGACCAUAUGCUGAUUUCCUCGCUGAGUUUGUUAUUCACCUCAAGACUCAUGGGAUUCUCCUAUCUGAUGUCACUCUUGAUGCUGUGCUCGACCAUGUGGUUCAGCCAGCAAUGACAUCAUCUUUUUCUUCCUUGCGGUUGACUACAUCAACAGAAUUGAAACCAUUAAUUGUACUGUUUCAUAUCAGCGAAACGAAUGUACUGUUACCAGAGCAAGGGCCUUACACGAGAAUAGAAUCGUUAAUGAAAGCUGUAUACGAGUUUAAUAGUUCUGGCCGUCGUUGCAUGAUAGUCUUAACAUUUGAUGGCACGCAUCGUGCAGAGCUAUUGAACGCAUUUGAGGUAAGUGGUAUACGGUGUGAGAUGAUCACACUGCGCCGAACAAAAGCCGAGACAUAUGCGCAGAUUUUGCAAGCACUUGUUAAGAAGGCAGUUGCAUCAAACUUGAUACGGGAUAAAGAUCUUCAGACAUUUUCGCCACCAGAGCAGCUCAAGAUCGCAUUUGCAGCCUGCGGAGACAACAUACGAUUGUUCUCGCUCUUGAUAUACGAGAUUGGUCGCUAUGACACCACUAUACGCAAACUGAAUUGGAUAAAGUUCUUUGAAAACCUAUGUAAGCGCAGCAGUGACAUUAGCAUUGUCGCCAAAUGGAUGAAUGGGGUAGGUGAUCUGGUCAGAAAACAUUACAAAAAAUACACUGAAGCUCUCUUCAACCUUGAUUCCCGUCAGAUGCUACGUGUUAUAGCUCCUGCACUCCUGGGUAGCGAGUUCGACGAUACUCCUAAGACUUUAGUGCUCGGCUCAAUAUACACUUGGGAGAUGCUUGAAAAAUAUGGAGCAAUCAGCUUAUACGGCCCACGUCGAUCCCGUGUUGAGAUGCCAUACAUGCUGCUGCAAGUCUACCUUGAUGAGUUUGUCCAAACCAACGAUUCGAUUAUAAAGUUCAUCCACUCUCUGAACGAGCUCACCGGCGAGUCACACUUCCGCCAAAAUGAAAAGUGCGACAUUGCAGUCAUUGUACUUCAGCUCUUCCAGUGGCAUUUCAAUAAACCGAACUAUACCCGCCUUCGUCUUAAAGACUUGUUUCCGACACUUGAAGGCAUAGCAGCUUACACCUAUGUAAAUUUACCUGAUGCAAUACAAAACGUUAGUCACCUUGAUCAUUGGCCAAAGAUAUUGGCCCGCCAUUUUGAUCCACAGAAAGAUCUCGAGGAAGGUGCAUACGUAGGCGCAGGCAAUGAUGAAUUUGCUGAUUCGUGGGUUGUGUUCAGACGUGAGGACAAGAAGGGAGUCGUUGUUCUUGCCAUUGAGAGUAAACGCCGUGCGACUACGGAGAGGCUUACUGCCGAAUACUUUAAUGCGCAUAAGGAAAAGGUUAAGAAGAAACUGCCGAAAGGAACAUUGUAUGUGUUUGUAAUGGUGGCGGAUAUGCGUGGUGAAAAUGUCACUGCAGACAAUGAUGAAAUGAUCAUCUGUAAAGAGAAUAUGGAAGAAUUGUAUGGAAAUUGGCUUGCCCAAUGCCGUCAUUUCAGUCUUGUAUUUGACAAGCGUACUAAGUGA